UACGGCUUACUCAGUUAAUUGUUUACAAUCGCAACGACAUGACGGACAUGCGAUAGCAUGGAAGAUGGUAAGAUAACAAAAGCACUACUGAAAACUCGGAGUGGAGAAUUCGAUAUUGAGAGUAUCCAUACCCUCAACCUCCGAGAUUGCGGACUAAGUGAUCUCGGCUGCAUUAGCGAAUGCUCACAGUUAGAGAGACUUAACCUCUCCAGAAAUGAUCUGUGCAAACUGAACAAGCUAGCAGGACUAGGAAACCUGACGAUUUUAAAUCUGUCAGGAAACCGCAUUACAAACCUAGAAGGUCUGCAAGCUCUGGAGAACCUCCAGUCUGUUAAUUUGGCAGGAAAUUUAAUUGGAAGUAUUAACAGUCUGAGAUGUUUAACAGCCUUGGAUAAGCUGGAAGAAUUAAGGCUUCAUGACUCUCUGAGGGACCUGAGCAACCCUCUCUGUCACAAUCCAAUGUACCAAAGGGAUGUCUUAGACAUGCUGCCCAACCUUAAAGUCCUAGAUGGUGAGAGAAUUCUUGGACAUGGGAGUGAUGUGUUUUCUAUGUGUCGUGACAUUGAGGAGGCUUUAGAAAAAAGGCAGAACAGCAGCAUCCAGCAGCUCUCUACCCCCUCCCCCUGGGUAUCAGAUGAUUAUUUCCAGCCCCCAACAAAAUUUGAAGAGUCACACUUAGGAGAUGCAAAAGAACAACUGGAAACUUUGUUAUCAUCCUGCAAAAUGUCUGUUGACAAAUCGGAAGAUAUUUUAUUGAAGUUGAAGAGUUCAACUAAGUAGCUACAUAGAUUAUAAGACAUUCAUAAUGUGCAUAUGUGUCAAAUAUCUUUGUUUCAAUAAAUAUUGUGAUCAUU